AUGUGCCAAACCAGACCCCUGAACCCUGGUCUGGGCACCCUUAGCAAGUUCCCCCCAGAGAUCAUCUUCAAGAUCCUGGACGACAUGCUAUACAGUGAGCCCAGACUCACCCACAAAACCCUCUGUACCAUCUGCCAGUUAACAAAAACUAAUAAGACCCUAGAAACCCUCAUCAAAUAUCAAUGGAUAGGCCAGAAAGCCUAUACCUAUAUCAAGGACAGCGUGAACGCGAUCGAGUGGCACCUCGACAGCGAUUACGCCUACGAUUUCCUAACCCGCCGCGGCGUAGACCAGCAAACCAUCAUGCCCAUAACCGGCCCAGCAGAUCUGGGUCCAGAUCUCCUAACCAGCAUCAUUUUCGACGACUGCGUCGACUGUUUCGAGUGGUUCGCCUCCGCCUUGCCUCCAACUCUCAUGAACUGCUGCAAUGAGGGCGGCUGGACGUUCCUUUCUCUGGCAUUACAUGCCAGAUCUGGCAAGUUACUAUAUCGGUUCUUCAGUGCGGGUUAUCCGUUUGAACCGAGUGAUUUUAUCGCGGGUUAUGCUAACGCUUUAGAGAUCGGGCCAUCGAAUAUCGGUGUUGCGGCUUCGUCGAAGGAUCAUGUUUCUUUCGCUAGAAUGUGGAGGAAGCUAAAGGAGGUGUUGAACGGGCGUGGGUUUCAGAGGACUGUUCGGGCGAGAAUCUCGAGGCAGGAAUUGGCGGCUAUUAAGAGUGUUGCGCCGCCGUAUUUGCAGAAGAUGCUUUAUGAGGCUGGGUUGACGGUUUUGCAUCCCAGGUCGAGAUAUAGUCCUUACUACGAUGGUAGGCGUAAUAGGUAG